AUGUGCGCAAUGAACAUGUCGUUCAACUGGGAGACCGAAAACGUCUGCGUUCUGUUCGACUUUUGGCGCAUCAACUCCAACGCGUCGCUAGUGUUCACCUGCCUCGCAGUGUUCCUGCUCGGAUACUUGUACGAGGCGGCUCGCACAAGCGUGCGCUCGUGGGAGAAGUCGAUGGCUCCUGCUGGCACGACGCUGCCGAUAGACGGAGCCGGGGCGCCGCUUAUUCGCACGGCCGCAGUGCUGAACAAGGUGCGCUGGCAGCGGGCCAUUUUCUACGGCCUGAUGGUGGCCUACUCGUACUCACUCAUGCUUAUCUUUAUGACCUACAACGGCUUCCUCAUCCUGGCAGUCAUUGGCGGCGCCAUUGCCGGACACUACAAGUACUCGACUGACGACUGGGGAGCCGUGCGUGGAGCCAGCUGCCACUAG